GUAAAUAUGUGUACCAGCCCAUGACCAGUGUGUGCCAGCUGCCGAGCACGGCGGUGCCCUCUGACCCCUCUGAGUCCCCACCCACCAUGAACCUGUCUGUCUCCCUCACCGAACGCUUCCUGAAGAUUGCCCCCUGCUUCCAGUCCCCACCGUACCUCCAGUCGCCCAAAUACUGUGUCAUUACAGACCUCUUCAUCGACGACUACAUCGUCAAACGCAUCAACGGGAAGAUGUGUUAUGUUCAACGUUCUCCUCCUCCAAUCCCUGAUCCUCCUGCUGCUGCUGCACCUCCUGCUGCUGCUGUAUCACCUCCUGCUGCUGCAUCUUCUCCUGCUGCUGCUGCACCUCCUGCUGCUGCAUCUCCUCCUGCUGCUGCGCCUCCUGCUGCUGCUGUAUCUACACAUGCUGCAUCACCUCCUGCUGCUGCAUCUCCUCCUGCUGCUGCGCCUCCUGCUGCUGCUGUAUCUCCACCUGCUGCAUCACCUCCUGCUGCUGCAUCUCCUCCUGCUGCUGUAUCUCCUCCUGCUGCUGCAUCUCCUCCUGCUGCUGCAUCUCCUCCUGCUGCUGCAUUUCCUCCUGCUGCUGCAUCUCCUCCUGCUGUUGCAUCUCCUCCUGCUGCUGCAUCUCCUCCUGCUGUUGCAUCUCCUACUGCUGCUGCAUCUCCUCCUGCUGCUGCAUCUCCUGCUCCUCCUCAGGUGCCUCCUCCCAGUAAGCCAACACGAUCUGUUCACAACGACCACCACCACAACAAAACACUACAACCCCCCGUGGACAAGCCCCACCACAAGAGCCCUGUCCACCAACACAACAAGCCCCACCACAAGAGCCCUGUCCACCAACACACCAAGCCCCACCACAAGAGCCCUGUCCACCACCACAACAAGCCCCACCACAAGAGCCCUGUCCACCACCACAACAAGCCCCACCACAAGAGCCCUGUCCACCACCACAACACCUCAGCACACAGUGAGAAGCACCACAACAGCCCCGUAGACAAGCAUCACUCCAACCCCUCUGUGGACCACAACAAAAUACCACAACACCACAAAAGCUCUGUGGACAAGCAUCACUACAGCCCUCCAGUAGACCAGGUGAAGCAUCACCACCAUCACCUCUCACGGCACCACCCCGGCCCUGUAGACAAGCUGAAAGGCCCCAAGAUGGACCACUGCUCCUCUCCAUCCAGCUCCGAGGACUCUGGGAUCAACGCGUUAGGUUUGCACUGCCUGGAAUCCUGUGAGUCAGAGUCAGAGGAUCAGAAUGAAGAGUUGAGCACCGAUGGAGAUGGGAAAUCUAGCCCUUGUCUCUGGGACCAGGAUGAGACCUCUCAGCUGUCUCCCUCUAAGUCCAUGGUGGAGAUCAUCGAGAAGAUUGAGACC